AUGUCCACCUCGCGCAAGCGCCCUCGCGCCGAGGUCGAGGAGAACAAGGCCGAGUGCCCUUUCAGCGUCACCUACGCCGAGCCCGAUACCAAGGCACAGAAAAAGUCAAAGAAGAGAAGGAAACCGGAUCAGGAAGAGGAGGACGGGAAGAAGAGCUCCAAGCAACUCUCUCCCUUUUCACCGUCCGGCGAUUUCAACGGCAAGAGCGCCAACGAUGUCUUGGAUUUGGAAUACAACGUGCAUCCACAGAAGAAGUGGCUGGAGAUGACACGCUACAACAGUUUCGUUCUAAAUGGAACCAAGUACUUUAGUGAGGGUUUUAUCUACGUCGCAAAUGAUCAGACCGUUCAACGACAAAAAGCCGCCGCGGAAGGCGCAACGGACGCGAACGAGCCGGAAAAGGUGCUGAAGCGAUCCAAGUCCGAAGAUGACUGGGUAGCCCGCAUCUUGGAGAUUCGCGCUAGCGACGAGCAUCAUGUCUAUGCGCGCAUUUACUGGAUGUACUGGCCGGAAGAGCUGCCGGAGGGCACGAUGGAAGGAAAGAGAUACACUGGAGGUCGCCAGCCGUAUCACGGUCACAACGAGCUGAUCGCCUCCAACCACAUGGACAUCAUCAAUGUUGUCAGUGUGACGCUACCUGCCAACGUCAAGCAAUGGAUUGAGGAGAACGACGACGAGAUCCAGGAGGCGCUCUACUGGCGCCAGGCCUUUGACUGCCGGACCCAACAGCUCUCGCCCGCCAACCCGGACAAGACGCUGAUCGGAUGCUCGAACAAGGAGUGCGGGAAAUGGCUCCAUGAGCAUUGUCUGAGAGAAGACGCCUUGAUGCGAACCUACGAGCGACUCGGCAAAGAUAAACCCCAUUUUACCGCGAAGCCUCCGGUAGACGAAACGACCUCGGUCGCAGAGAGCGAUAACGUUAAAGAGGAAAAGGCGCUGGAUGACGGCGUAAACGGACCCCUCAGCCCUACCGAAAGCGGUGCCGAUGUCAAGCAAACGAUAGAUGCGAAGCCCAGCGAUGCGCCCGAGGAAACAAAUGGGGAAUCUGUGGCAGAGGGGACUCCCGCGGUUCCUGACGAGCGUGUCUCGCAACCGCCUACAACUCCUGCGACGCCAUCCGCGCUGGAGGUACCGGGAGCAUCUCGCAAGAUCAGAUCUGGCAAGAAGAAGGCCUUUGCGAGCGAUACGAAGCCGUGGGAAGGCUUGUUUGAAGCGAGAAUCUUGAUGGACAUGAACCCCACCAAGAUUGAGAUCAAGGACCUCCGAGAGAACGUCACCGAAGGCGACAAGGUGUGGACUGAGCCGCUGCUCUGCGUUGUUUGCGGAGUGGAAAUCAGCUGA